ACACAAAGCAGCAACUCAUGGGGUUGAUCAGUUUUUUUCUCCAAUGGUCAGAGAGAAACUAUAAUAAAACAGUCAGAAAAUCAGUUUUAUUGGGGGGGAAAAAUGCACGUUUGGGGGCCUGCUUGGUCCAGGUGGUCCACAGUGAGAAUGUUGAAAUGAAUCUGAUUUGCAGGACGGUGCGCUGGCUGGUGUGAAGCCUCUGCUGGUCCUGAUGCUGAUGGAUUCCUCCUCAACAGGAAGACAGAAACUGCUGGUGGCUCAGACACCAACCAAAUCUCCAACCAGUCAUAAAAACAUCUAAGCAAACAGCUGCAGGAUGAGUCCUAAAAAUGUAGCGGGUAGCUGAGCAGUCGGCUGAUGGUUUCCAACAGAACCAUGACGGAGCUGAGGCGGGUCACGUUCUGGGGGCUCGUGACUUUUUUCUGGACCCUCUCAAGAGGAGAUACCGAGGUGUCCUGUGUGUUCAGUGAGAUCUGCAUCUUAAACUGCAGCAUCCAGCCUGACAGCAACCCGGUCAUCAAUUGGACUCAUUUGGCAGCAGAAUCAUACCUGGUUCACUCUUUUAGUGACGGUAAAGACAAAGUGGAACACCAGAACCAGAACUUCAGAGGCAGGACGUCUCUGUUCGGGGACCAGGUCCACUCAGGAAACGCCUCCCUGCUGCUGACAGCGGUGAAGGUUCAGGAUCAGGGCAGAUAUGUGUGUAACAGCAGAACCGCAGGAAGAACCGCUCUGUCAUUCAUCACUGUAACGGUGGACGCUCCAGUGAAGAGGGUCACUCUCCAGCAAGCAGGAAACAGGAUCACCUGCAGCUCAGACGGGAUCUACCCUGAACCUAAUCUCACCUGGACCACCGUCCCUCCGUCCAGCAUCCUGCUGAGGAGCUCCACCACGGUGCAGCGGACCAAUCAGCAGCUUUACAACAUCAGCAGCUCUCUGCUGCUUCCAGACAGCCAUCCUGACCUGACCUACAGCUGCACCGUCCGCUCCCGCAGGAACAGCUCCACGGCCCCGCAGGGAAGCCCAGAAAAGACAGAAAAGACACAUACGUCUCGAGGGAUCGCAAUAGUUGCUGGAGUGAUUCUGGUGGCAGUUUUAAUGAUCCCGCUGCCAUUCCUCAGCGAAAAGUUUAAAAAGUUCUGGGAAUCCAGAGGUCAGAACCAGAGGGAAAUGUCAAUAACAGAAGUACUGGCAGAGAGGGAACCAAUCACCAGUCAGAGGGGCAACAAUGAAGAUGUCAGUCUGGGAGAAAUGCUGUCUCUCCACCCACCAACAAAACAAGACCAAAGUGUAAUUUCUACAUAAGUAGAGAUAACAACAAGCUGACCUGCUGCCUGGGAAGGCCUGAUUUUCUUUUUCUGAUGGCAGCUUCAGGGAAACUGUGGGACAUUCUCACAGCCUCUACAUGAACCUCCAGCCUUCAAGCAUCAGACAAACUGUAGCACAGACCAGCUGACUGUGGCAUAGUUUCCCACUUUGAGCUGUUAAAAUAUUUAACUGGUGUUAAGGUUUUAUUAUUUAUUCAUAAUUUACCUAUUUUAUUUAUAAAGACAUGUACAGAAGGAGUGAACGCUAGACUUGAUGCAGUCUGCCAGGUUUCCUCAGAUAGAAAACUUUUAACCAAUCUGUCUGCAGAUUGAAAAGAACUGACUUUAUAAAGUGCCUUGAGAUGACGUGUGUUGUGAAUUGGUGCUUUAUAAAUAAAAAUGAUAUUUAAAUCAAAAUAGACGGGUAACAUCUGGUUGGUUAGCAAAUGGACUAGGUGUGUGGUGAAUGUGCCCUGGCUGUAUUUGUACUUUGCAUAUCCUUCAGCCCUCAUAUUUUUUCAGUUUUGCAUCGCUCUUGUCGGUAAUAUUCAUUUUUAUCACUAAACCGGACUGUGCAGACUAAAAAUGUCAUCUGAAGGACAUAAAGCUGCUGACAAGGAGGGUGCUAGCUCUGCAGCCCUGGGCCUGGCCUAACACUGCCAAAAGCUGUCAAAUAAUUUUAAGGGAUGUUUUGAUACAACUGAUUCCAAAUAGGACCAAAAUAAAAUAUCUUUGGAUGACCAUGA